AUGAAGCAGAGGCGCCCAGUGUUCAAGCCGCUUUCAACUCUGCUGGGGAAGUGGCGGGCUGAGCGACGUCGAAGUCUCGUGCAGGAUUUAGUGGAGAAGGCCGAGAUCACGUCAGCCAUGAUCGAACACGUUGCUCGGCAGCAGUGCCGCGCUGCCUCUGGUUCUGUGGCCUCGGCAGCUGCAAUAUCAACUGCCGGCGACGACUUGUCUGAAGCACAGAAGGCAGCAGAGCAGACCGAGGUUGCUUUCUCAUGUCAAGCAGCCGAGCUCGGCCAGUUGCAUUUCCUUGCGUUCCCCGAUUUAAAUUGGGAGCCUGGCCCAGCCUUCUCUCACGAGGUCAAGGAGGCAAUUGGCCUGAAAUUGGGCAUGCUGAAGCAGUUCGAAAGCGAUCAGGGCCGGCUCAAGGCCACUGACUCCUUGGGCACUUUCCGUGAGAAGCUGCGGGUGGCAAAUCAGCCGCCUGACCGGAAGUUGCUGCCGUUCCUGGCUGCUCAAGACACGUUCAAGGCCCAGGUAGAGGCCAAAAAGUUGUCCGACGAGAUGGAGGCCAAACUGAUGCCUGCGGAGGUUGAAGUGGAGCGUGCUGAGACGAUUGCUGAGCCGCUGCUCCACUUCGCAGAGGCAGCCUUGGCUGCCGGCCAAGCUGCCGCAGAGGCCACCGCGACGCCCAAAGCGAAGGCAAAAGCAAAGGAGAAGGAGCCCUCCAAGCCUGCCAAGAGCAAGUCUCAAAAGCAGGAACUUCCAUCUGCUGAGGUGGUGGCGCUUGCAACCAAGCACGCAUCUGAAGCAGCUGUGAACAUCCAGGCAGUUCAGAAGCUUCUGGAUCAGAAGAGAAGCAACCAACAAGUCCUUUUCUCCGCUCCCAUGAAGAAGGUCUUGGAGAAAGUAGAAGCACGCAUCCGCACUGCUCAGAAGAAGCUGGAUCGCAUCAAGAUCGCUCAGAAGGAAUUGCGUGAGCGAGAGACCAGCACUGCCUUGGUCAGUGAUGUCGCAGAGAAAAUGGAAACCGUGUCGAAGGCAAUCAAAGAAGCAAAGAGUGCGGUCGAUGCUGCACAAGGCGAAGAAGAGGAGGCGCUGAAAGCUGCAAGCAAGGCCGCCGCACUGGCAAAGGUUGCCAUCUCCAUGAAGUUGCUUGAGGUGAAGCGAUUUACUGCUGAGGCGGGAAUCCAGGCGCAGCGCAGCUUGCAGGAACAUCAGCAGACACUGCACGGGCAGGGCUCGCUCUCGGAGAUCGAAGCUUUGAAGAAGACAGCGGCAGAGCAGAAAGAGAACCUUGGACCUUGGUUCGCCAGCCGCAAGGUUGAAGAAGCCGAAGCACUUGCAGAGAAGGCUGAGCAAACAUCGGCACCCAUCUUUGAUGAUGAGAAGCUUGCCUCUAUGUCCUCAAUGGCUCGCGCCCUGGACAUCCGGCAAGCUGGGGAUGUGAACCAGCGGGCGUACAAGGAUACCAUCGAUGCCGUCAACCAAGCACAGCGGAUGAUCACGAUGCUUCAGAUAGAGGCGAAAAACAAGGAGAAUGCAGCCGAACUUGCGGCAGAGUAUGCCAAGCUUCAGGCCCGUCUGCGGCAGGCAGAAGCUAGCGUCUCGCACUGUGCAUCUUUGCCGGAGCCCGUGCAGAAGCAGCUGAUCCUCAAAGGGUUCAUCGACGAGGUCGAGUCGAAGGUGAAGGCUGUGGAGGGAAAGGCCAAUACCGCCGAGCAGUUGGCCAAAGAGGCCGAGGAGAAUCCAUUUCCGGAGCAGGCGCGCUUGGCUGCUUUCCAAUUCAUCCUUUCCAAUUUAUUUUGA